UCUUUCCUCUUCUUCUUCUUCCUCUCCCGAGUCCUGACCUACCCAAGCUCGGCUCUCUCCAACCGGACCGCUGUGCCCUAGAGCUGCCGCCGUCGUCACCCCUCGACGCCUCGCUCCCUCCGCCUUCCACGCGCGUCGCCGCCAUCGCCGUUCCCGUUCCACCUCGCCCCGUCCCUGCUGUGUCUGGACCCCUUGCGCAAUUUUGGCCAUUGGUUCUUGAGGCUCAGUCAUAACUGUCUACCCAUGAGCUUUGGAGAAUGAUGCCUUUGACGUUGUAGGCUUUCCUUAACAUGUAGUUCCAGUGUUAUUCUUGCACUGGGUUUUUCUUAGAAGACGGAGAUGCAGAAGUCUGACCAUCACGAGCAGAAUCUUACUUCACCAAGGGGACUCAUCCAUAAAGUGCUUCGUCGUACGAAUAGCAGGCGAUCUCCAACUGCAACAGAGCAAGACUCUCCCCCUGUAUUUCCUGAAACAAGCAACGCUAAAUUCUUAAAGCAAAAGAAUACAGAAGACACAAUCAAGGAUCCAGAGAAGGCAAUCACGCAUGAUAACCGAAUUGAAGAUGAGAAGUCCGAUUUAUUAGGAUACGAAGUUUGUUCUGGGAAGCUUACAUUAGAUAACAAAGGUAAAAGCGUUUCAGGCGAACAAUCUGGAUCAAGCUCUAGUGGCAAUUGCUUUGAUGCUAGGCUCACCACUGAAGCCUUAGUAUGGGGUUCUAACAUCCUGAAGCUUGAGGACAUUGUAUCUGUGUCAUACAAUUCUGGGCUCCGGCAUUUCACUGUGCAUGCAUGCCCUCUUGAAAAAAGAUCCAAUGGACUUUCCUGUUUUAUGAAGCCUAGAAGAAAUCAAAAGGACUUGCGUUUCCUAUCCACUACUCCACAUGAGGCCUUUCGGUGGAUUAAUGGUUUUGCAGAUCAACAAUGCUAUGUUAAUCUGUUACCACACCCCAUGGCAUCUAGCAAGAAGCAUUCGUCUGAACUCAUUCCAUUUGAUGCCAUGCUUGAUCCUUAUGUUAAAUGUCGGUCUCCACCAAAGAUACUUGUGAUCCUGAAUCCUCGAUCUGGACAUGGCAGAUCUAGCAAAGUUUUCCAUGGGAAAGUGGAGCCUAUAUUUAAGCUUGCAGGUUUCAAGAUGGAAGUGGUCAAAACUACACAUGCCGGUCAUGCAAAAUCUCUUGUAUCAACUAUUGAUUUUAGUACAUGUCCAGAUGGAAUUGUAUGUGUCGGUGGAGAUGGAAUUGUUAAUGAGGUGCUUAAUGGUCUUCUGUGCAGAGAUGAUCAAAAUGAGGCAGUUUCUGUUCCAAUUGGUAUAAUACCUGCAGGGUCUGACAACUCACUUGUUUGGACAGUCUUGGGUGUUAAAGAUCCAAUAUCUGCAGCAUUGUCGAUUGUCAGGGGAGGUUUUACACCUAUUGAUGUUUUUUCCGUUGAAUGGAUUCAGAGUGGGACUACUCAUUUUGGCACAACUGUCUCAUAUUUCGGUUUUGUUAGCGAUGUUCUUGAACUUUCAGAGAAAUACCAGAAGCGUUUUGGUCCUCUCCGUUACAUUGUAGCUGGUUUUCUUAAAUUCCUGUGCUUGCCCAAGUACAGUUUUGAACUGGAGUAUCUUCCAAUAUCGGAUGCUGAUGGUGCUGAGCGUAAAACUGUGGAGGGGCUAGAAAAGGUUGAUGCAUCAGACCUCUAUGAUGAUGUAGUUCAGAGGUCGAGAGCUGAAGGUUUACCACGUGCCUCAAGUUUAUCUAGCAUCGAUUCAAUCAUGUCUGCAAGCAUAAUGUCUGGGGGUGAGCCGGAGGUUUCUAGUCCACGUGCCAAUAAUGAACCCUCUGAACUUAUACGUGCGCUUGAUCCGAAGUCAAAACGCCAGUCUUUAGGGAGGACAAGUACUUUCAAAGAACCAGAAGAAUUGCUCCACCCUCAGGCAUCGACUCCCAGCUGGCGUAGAUCUAAAUCAAAGUCAAGGACAGAAAAGGCAUGGCCUGGUUUAACUGCUACAAAUGAGACCAAGUCUUCUAGGGGUACCACAGCCCAUGAUAAAGAAGACACAUCGUCCACAGUUUCAGAUCCUGGACCUGCGUGGGAUACAGGACCCAAGUGGGAUAUGGAGCCUAAAUGGGAUAAUAAUCAACCUAACUGGGAAUCCGAAACUCCUAUUGAGCUACAUGGUCCAUCUGAUGACAUUGAGCUUGGUCUGACUAAGGAACUAGUGCCAAGCUUAGAUGAAAGAUGGGUCGUUAGAAAAGGGCGGUAUCUUGGUGUAUUGGUAUGCAACCAUUCAUGCAAGACCGUGCAGAGUUUAAGUUCCCAGGUUGUUGCUCCCAAGGCUGAAUAUGAUGACAAUUGUCUGGAUCUGCUGUUGGUUGGUGGAAGUGGGAGGCUGAGGUUAUUAAGAUUUUUGGUGCUCUUGCAGUUCGGAAAACACAUUUCUCUUCCACAUGUGGAAUAUCUCAAGGUAAAAUCCGUUAGACUUAAGGCAGGUCCAAAUACACAUGACGGAUGUGGUAUUGAUGGUGAACUGCUCCAUGUCAAGGGGCAGGUUCGGUGUAGUUUGCUACCUCAGCAAUGUCGUUUGAUCGGCAGGCCAGCCCAAAACGCUGUACAAUAGCUGUAAACACAUUACUCUGCCACCUGCAUCCCCUACGCCUGCCCGGAAUCUUGCACCUGUACAAUUGGCAACGUUGCGGAUUUUCCCCCGCUUCCAGAACAGCCUUGCUCAUAGAUAUCCAUCCACACAGGUCCGGUGGUGUACAUUUGUGCUUGAUGACUAAAAGUGCUGGAGUGUGACAUAUAUCCAAGAAAUGAAGCAUAUCCUGUCUGCAGUGUGUUGUGCAUCUCUCCGCCUUUUCUUCCGCUGAUAUCUAAUCAACUAUAGAGCCAUCAUGAUCAGUGUACUUGCGGGGUGAUUUGGACCAGCAUAGUGGCCACCCCUGGUAUGUGCGGUUGUUUGGAGGUCCCCGUGCCGGCCACUUGAUGCAUUUCACUCCCAUUACGGGGACAAAAACUUGCAAUGCUAUGUCCCUGAUAAGCUUGUAGUGUUUACAGAAAGUGUGAAUAAGAUUUCUAUCAUGUCAGGUUCCCAGUACAGUAUAGGGUUUGAACCAAAAAGGUAGCGAGAGAGGGAAGAUAUUUGCGGUGGUGCUAUCUUUUUCACCUGUAACUCUUGCUUCUUGUGAAGUGUGAUAUAUCGAGUUGUAAUC